AUGGGCGACGAGAACCGCAGGCAGAAGCUUACCGAGCUGAUGGCGAGGCGUGAGUCGGAGGCUCGCGCCAACGCUAGAAUCUCUCCGGAAAUAGCGGCAUCUAUGCAGUCGGCAAGGGAGAUGGAGAGACGGUUGAAGCGGCUCAUGUUACCUCUCAGGAGGGCAAUUGCAGAGUCGAAGGCAUUGUCAGCGCAUAUCAAAGUGGAACGGGACAAGCUGAGGGCGACGAUGGCGCGGUUGGGACUCGAGAGUGGAUAUGGAGAAGAACGUAGGGAUGGCGGCGCUGGAGGAGUGGCGGCGACGCCUGGGCUCUAG